AUGCCUCGCGAGCCGUGGUACGACUUCGAGUUGGGCCUGGAACAUGGCGGUCAAAUGAAGCCCGGACAGAAGCCUGAGAAAGCUUCACCUUUGGUCUCCUGGAGCUUCUUGGUCUCCACCCCUGCAGCGGAGCUCCUGCGGCCAGCAGAGGUGGUAGAGCUGGGCACUGAACAUCUGAGCUUCACGGUGCUGUGGAGCGCCAGUGUGGACUUCCGCUGUCAAGCCUCUUCCGGGUCAGUCGCGCCUGUGCAGAGUGAGUGGCAGCUGGCAGCCCGACAGGUGCCGGGUGUGGUGAAGAUCGACGGUUUGGUACCGGAGACGAGCUAUGAGAUCCAAUGCAUGGCACGACUGCAGGAUGAACCGACAGUUCUCUCGACUUGGCUGCCUGCGGGCUCGUUGGUGACCCUGAAAGACUUGGAUGUGGACUUGACCUUGCUCUACCUUCGAGUGCAACCCCUGUGUGCGUCGAAGCCCAUCGAGGCUUAUGAUGUGCAAGUCCAGCCGGCACUGCAAUCGGGUCGUGCCAACUACACUGUGGCCCUGCCGAAUGCGGACUUCAUCGCCUUAAACUGCACUGAGCAAGAGGCCUCCUGGCAUUUGUCCUUGGUCAGCGAAGCACGCAGCAAAUAUGCAUCGCAAGCGGUGGCGGCCUCCAGCCACAAUGGCUCGGAGGCGGUGCUGACGCUGCCCGAGGAGGAGGUCCUGGUCACAGAGACCUUCACGGUGACGGUGACGGCUGGCUGUGGCUGCUCGCUGAAGGUCUACCAGAUCCAGGUCUUUGGACUCCGGCUGCGCUUCGAGCUGGCCAAGCCACAGGUGACGAAGGCCAAUGGCGACGCAGUGAACAUCUCCGAGGUGGACGAUGGGCACCGUUUGCAGGUGGUGGUGACCUACAACAACGAUGCCUUGCCAGCAGAGCUUUGGAAUGACUUGAUCCUUUACUUGGGACCCUUUCCACAGGCCACCUUAGCAGCACCGCGAGCGGAUUUGCAGGAGGAUCCCUUGAGCCAAGUCUAUGUGCUCCUGACGACCAUCUCUGGUGCCGGGAAGGACCUGCCCUUGGAGCUGCGCUUGGGCGGGGCAUUGGUGGGUCAAGCGGCCGAGAGCAUCUCCUUCGCAGCGCCCUUCGUGAACUGCAUCUCGACCGUCGGCUAUGGGCAAUGCACCGUUGAGGAGUUGGAGAACAACGAGGUCUUCGUCGGCACUUUGGGGGAGACGAUGCUCUAUGUGAAAGGUCAAGGCUUUGGGAGCAAUGAGCUCUUGGCUAGCAGCAGUUUGAUGCGGAUCUCGGUCACGCAGCUCUACAACACCACGGAGCUCUGCGAGGAGUCUGGUUGGGUGAGUUACACGGAGAUGUGGUGUCGGCUAGCACCCAAGGGUGCCAGUCCAUUGGUCAUGCUCCUGCUGGGCCCCAUGGAUGAGACUCAGCUCCUGGUCGUGCCCUGGAAGAUUCGGUACAAAGCACCGGUGAUCCAGAACUUCUCCAAACCCAUCUUGCAGAUCGUGGAUGGUGGUCAGCUCUUCAUCAUCGGCCAAAACUUUCCAGACUUUCAGGACGACAAUGGCGUCGUCGGCUACGAGUCCGGCCGUCGACUGGAGAGCGAACGCUCGGUGACGGCACGGGAACUGCAAGGCAUUUCCACCAGUGAGGUGUGCACCUCGUUGAUCCGCGUGAACCAGACCCAUUUGCUCUGCGAGAUGAAGCCCAGGAUCGACCUGACGCCUGCGAAGUGCCGCGACGUGGACAUCGUGGUGGCCUGGGGCGACCUGACGACGGAGAUGCAAACGGUGCCGUUGAAGCUGCCGGAGCCCGAAAUCCAGGCGGUGGAGGAUAUGACGCCCGGGCGACCGCUCCCCAUCGAGGUGGGCGACCUCACCUACCGUUUGGAUGGCAUCAACUUUGGAACCCCCGAGAACGGGCGGAUGCAGGUCUUAGUGGGCGACCGAAGUUGCGAGGUGACCAUCCGAGCAGAUCAGCAGCUCUUUUGCGUCAUGAACGGUCCCUUGCGUGAUGACUUGUUGGAGCUGUAUCCGGAUCCUCCAGAAAAUGCCAGCACGGGAGCCAUCGAUGUGGUGGUGCCCAUUUCGGUGUGGGUCACCUUGGGCAGCAGCUCCACCGAGAGCUCCGAGGACUGCAAGCCCAUCGCGGCGAAUUGGAGUACGCAUGAAGUCCACCUCAAGAGUUGCUUGGCCGGCUCGAUGCGCCAGAGCUUCCGCAGCGAGAGCUGUGUGCCUUGCAUGCCUGGCUGGUACACGCCGGUGCCAGGACCCUUCCUGCGAUGCCAGAGCUGCCCAGAGGGGAGCUACGCCUUUCAAAGUGCCAGCACCGUUUGCCUCGACUGCCCAGAUGGCCGGAUGACGCCACGCAAUGCCACAGCGUCUCCGUUGGAUUGCGCGUGCCGACCAGGCCGUUUCCUACCUCUGGCAGAACGUCGGUCAGAAGUUCGCUUGGUGCAGCAAGUGGAGAGGGGUGAGGCGAACGCUUUGGAGAAUUAUCAGUUGGGCGCCUGCUCUUCGUGCCCCACCGGCGCCACCUGCCGCGGUGGCCUGGAACCUCCGGUGGCCCAGCCAGGCUGGUGGCUCAUGCCCAAUGAGGUCCCUGUACGCUGCACCAUGCGAGGAUGUUUGGGCAACAACACCUGUGGUCGCGGCUAUGACCAGAGGACUCGCUGUGAAACCUGCACAGAGCAGUUCUAUGUGGAUCUGCCAGAGAGUUCUUGUCGCGAGUGCGAAUCGUGGGCUGUGAUGUUUGGUGCCAUUUAUGGCUCCUUGAGCUUCCUCUUCUUGUUCGGCUGCGUUUUCCCGUUCUUCUCUUGGAAGGCUCGUGUGGCCCUGGAUCCCGCCCGAGGCGUGGCGCCGCCGAAGUUGUGCUUUGGCUUGUUUCACUGCUGCUUAAAGCGCUACGCGGCACGAAAGCAGCUGGUGACCGCAGAGUAUGUGGACAUGUCUCUCUACUACGACAAGUGGUGGAGCUGUACGCGACGAGUCCUCCAGCGCUUCGAAUGCUUCUACCACACGCCGGCGCGACGGCUGGUGCAGGGCGCCGAGUUGCAGCCUGUGGUCAACAUCACCAUCAAUCACUUGCAGAUUUUCUUCCUCAUCGCCAACAUCGGCUAUGCCCACUGGCCCGAGAGAAUCAAGGACAUCUUAAACUUUGGUUUGCUGAUGGUGAACAGCGUGGAGUCCCUGAGACCUUCCUGUGUGGCGCCUAUCGGAUCUGAGGGGCGGUGGUACAUCUUUUUCUUCCUACCCUAUGCCUUGUACGCCAGCGGGAUCUUUUUCGUCAUUUGCCGCCAGCCGAACCGCCGGCAGCGGCGUCGCAUCAUCCUCAUGAUCUCCGGUGGCUUUCUGCUGUAUCUUUCACCGCUGCAUUUGCUCAGUGCCUCCAUGAUCUUCGACUGCGUCGACUCUGCGGGGCAGCUGGUGCUGGACGCGGAUCGUGGAAUUGCCUGCUGGGUGGACCCCGCGUGGUACCGCAUGUUCGGCGUGGCAGUGGGCGGCUUCGUCUUCCUCUUCAUCGUCCUCAGCUUCGUGGCACUCUCUGUCUAUCGCACAUACAUGUGGUAUCGGACUGCUGAAGUGGGUAUGAUCCCACCCAAAUCGGUCUUCUUCACUUGGUGGUGGCUCAGUGGACUCCGGGGCGUGUCCCUGAAGCAUCGUGCAGCCAUCCAGGGCUACAAGGUCCAUUUGGAUUUGCCCAAGGAUGUCACCGAGGUCGCGGAUGUGAGUUCCUUGUGUGAUGAUUUGUUGAUCCAAAACGUGGGAAAUUUGAAGAGCGGCAUCGAGCGGUUGAAUGAGUACCUCCAGGGCUUUCGGGUGGAUGACGCCAAAGACACGAUCACUCGUCCUUGGCGCUUGAGGGGCCAAGAAGUUUUUUGCGAGCAUUGCCAGGGGUGUGGUAAGAGCAUGCACGAGAAGCACAUGCAUGGCCGGACGCUUUGUGGACUUUGCAGUCCUCCGCACUCACACCACAGCGACCGUGCUGAUCGCGCCUCCGGAGCGCUCCUGAUCCGCUCGCGGCUGCGCGAGGCGGCUUACAACCGCCUGACCAUCCGUCUGGAGCAUUUGCUCAUGCAGUUGAGGACGAUGAGCUCCUUCUCGGAUACACAGAUCAGCCUGAAAGACCUGCUAUCCUUCACUUGGGAGCUGAUCGUUUUGGUGCAUAAGACGGCUCUGGGCUUGACAAGGCUUUUGAAUACUCAUGACUCGCAACUGGGUCUCCAGCUGUCCCUGCUGCUUUGCAUCGGUUUUCUGGUCCUGUCACUGGUAGUCUGGCCUUAUCGACACAAUGGGCUGAAUAUCCUGGAUAGUUUCUAUGCCGCUCUCAGCGUGCUUUGUGUCUAUGCCUUAAUCCAGCUGGAGCACUACAACAGUGACCAGACCUUCUUCAAUGUCUUUGUCCUGCUGGUGGCGGCGAGUUCUUUGCUGGCCUUGGUGAUGGUUCCACUCUGCUGGUGCUUCUUCGCCCUCUGGAGCAGCGCCUUCUCCGAGACCUACUACGUGCUCGCGACCAAAGAGGUGCAGGGCAGCCUGUGGCGUGGGCCGAGCAGUCCCCGGGGCCCUCCAGCGGAGGAAUCGGAGAGCACUGCACUGGCGAUCCCCAGUGGUAAGAAGGCCUUCACCUCGAUCCUCACACGGGUGGUGAGCAGCCCCGAGGAGUUGCUGCCGGACGAACCCAUCGCGGCCCAGUGGUGCUUCCGGAUACCCUUGGAGAAGGACAGUACCUCGCAACGGGUGGACUUGACCUUGCAGCAGGGCAUCGCUAUCACCGUACGAGACCCCGCGAUGCUCCUGCAGAUCCUCAACGCCGAGGGUGCCGAUGUGGACUUCCAGGGGAAGUGGGGCCUCCCGAUGCUGCCACCCAUGCGCUUACGUCGUGGAGGGGAUUUACCCGGUCUCCUGAGGAUUUCAGUGCCUUGCAGCGAUCAGAAGCUGUUGCGCUCCACGUUGAAGCAGCUGAAUGCCCUGGGGGAGGAGAAGCCCAAGCACCAGCACGAGCAUAAUGACCGCUUCUCCAUCGACACAGAGAUCUCCCCGCGCUCAGGGCGGUCCUCAGUGCUCUCGACACAGCUCUUCGAUGGGGACGGCACGCCGGAGAGCGAAAUGGCGCCGCGGCUGUCCACGGUGACGACCAACACCCAGGCGACGCAGGCCACGCAGGCCUCGGUGGUGACGCAGAAACCGUCGCCCUCCAAUGGCUACAAGAUCAAGGCAUUGACAAGGCCGGCCAAGAUCGGAGGGCGCUUGGUGCCUGCUGGAGCGCAGAUUGAGAAGAUCCGCUAUGUGCCACCAGGUAGCGGCUCAGAAACGGGAACUGAGCACUGGUCAAGCCCUGCUGUGAAAUCCACCUGA